AUGAAGUGGAUUUUACUCUUACUUUGUAGGUUUUGCUCUCAAGUUCCGUGAAAAUCCCUAAAUUUUUAGUCGUCGGCCCGCUUUUCGCGUUGUACAAGGAGCGAGGAGCCGUCGUGCACCUGACAGACGAGAAUUUCUCAUCAAAAGUGAUUGCAAGCGAUCAAAUCUGGAUUGUCAAGUUUUAUUCGCCAAAGUGAGUAACCGGCUCUUAAUUUUUAAAAAAUUCCGCUUAAUUUCAGUUGUGGUCACUGCAAAAACCUGGUUCCGGAGUACAUAAAAGCGGCGGAGGUUCUGAAAGGCGUGGCCAACGUGGCAGCGAUCGACGCGACCGCCAACCCGAAAUACGCGAAAAAGUAUGCCAUUCAAGGCUAUCCGACGAUCAAAAUCUUCGACGCGCUCGACAAACGGAAGCCGACAGAGUACACGGGAAAGCGAACGGCGAAAGGACUGACGGACGCGGUCAAGAAGGUGAUUUUGAAGACGAUCAACUCGAGAACCGACGAUGAAUGGAAGGAGACGACGGGAACCGUCACCGAGCUCACCGACGCGAAUUUCGACAGAUUGGUGAUUAAUAGCAAGGAGAUCUGGAUGGUCGAGUUCUUCGCGCCGUGGUGCGGACACUGUCAGAAGCUUGAGCCCGAGUGGCGGAAGGCCGCCGAGAAAACCGGGAAUCUCGUUCGAUUCGGAGCCCUCGACGCGACGGUUCAUAAGAAAACGGCGGAGAAAUUCAACAUUCAAGGAUUUCCGACGAUCAAAUUCUUCCCUCCCGGAAGCAGUGCGGCGGACGCCGAGAAUUAUCCGAACGGACGCACCGCCCAGGAACUCAUCUCUUUCGCCAACGCCCUCUCCGUCACUUACGCGGCCGCGCCGGAAGUCGUCGAAGCAACCAGCAGAGGCGUCGCGAUGGAAGCCUGCCGGGAGAAGCAGUUGUGCAUGUUCGUGUUCCUGCCGAGCAUCUAUGACUGUCAAUCGAAGUGCCGUAAGGAGCACAUCAAAAUGCUGAAGAAACUGGCGGAAAAGUUCAAGGGACGCAAGUACGGAUGGUUGUGGAUGGAGGCGGGCGCGCAGAAGGACGUCGAGCACGCUUUUGGAGUCGGAAACUCGGGAUAUCCGGUCCUCGCCGCCCUGAAUCCUUCGAAAAUGAAGUACGCCGUCCAAAUCGGUUCGUUCGCCGAGCAUGCGAUCAAGGAGUUUCUCGAUUCUCUCGGAUACGGAAGGGCGAGAGUUUCCACUAUUGAGGUUGGCGAAAUUUUGAAUUCUAGGCCUAAUUUUUUUGAAUUUUCAGGACUCGAAGCAGGAGAAUAACUUUUUGAAGCUGGUCGAGACCCCGAAAUGGGAUGGAAAGGACAAGCGGCUUCCAGAGGAGGCCAAGGAGGAACUCUAA